UGAAGCUAUAAAUAUUGUCAUUAAGAAGCUGGUCGGAGAUUGCUGGAGGCAGGAAUUAUCGUUCAUUUCUACGUAAUUUAGCGACAGCGCAACAUGCCCUGUAUUGUACCAACCUGUGACAGUAGCUGCCAAGGAAGAUUGAAACGAUUUCCGAAUAACCAUGCCUUAGCGGAACGUUGGCUCGAGGCCGUUCAGCUUGGUUGUGGGGUUGGAAUACAAACAACCAAUGAUUUGAGUUAUCUUGAAAUUUGUGAUUUGCACUUUCAAUCAUCGGAUGGUGCAGCUUUGAACGAGUGUAGCUAUCAGGAACCGAGUAGAUUUACAAACUGUGAAGGAAUCUACGUGGAAGUCAGUAGUUGUCGAUUAUGUUUGGCCUUUCAUAAUAGUGCCGAUAUGGUUCAUAUAAAGUCUACGCUAGGCGAGACAGUAAUAGCUUCCCAUGUUGCAGAAUAUUUCAACAUUACUUUCCGGAAUAGAGACAUACUGCAGUUAGUUUGCCAGGAGUGUCUUGUUCAAAUCGACAUGUUAAGUACGGUGAAGCAAAGAUUUGCAGAAACGGAAAACGCUUAUCAACAAUUGGUCAGGAUGGGACUCGAACAAGAACAGUAUUUAGACAUCAAGAUAAAAUUUGAGCAGUCACCGAUGGAACUUGUAAUGGAAGAUGUCCCCCCUAGUGAUUUUUAUGUCCCGGAAACUGUAGCACAAGAAGGUAGUAGUGAGGACUAUAAACCGGAAGAAUCAGAGAUACUAACAAAAAUGCGCAGAACUAGGAGAAGAAGAAAUUUGAACAAAAUUAAAAAGGAUCAAAAACGGGGAAGUUCUAAACCGCCGAUAAAUUUGGUAGACAAUGCGGAAAGAAAGUGCUAUAUUUGUGUAACGGUAUGUGAAGAUGCUAACGAUUUGGUGCUGCACCUGACAGAAAAGCAUACAUCCAAAGAAGGCUAUCGGUGCAACGAAUGCAGUCUGGAUAUCCCUGGAUUAGCGAAAUAUAAUCGCCAUUUAAGUCGACACGACGAAACGGAACGGCCUCAUAAAUGCAAUGUUUGUCCGUUGCGAUUCGCUUCACUUCUUCAGUGCAAGAGUCACGAAAACAAGAUCCAUGGGGCGAAGCAUGACGUGAAGGAAGCUAAACACUCGGAAAAGGUGAGGAUUUGUGAGAUAUGUGGCAAAGAAUUUACCCAUAAGGGUAGGCUUAAAGAUCAUAUUCGGAAGGUGCAUCUGAAGGUUGGAAUUCCGAAGUGUAGUAUUUGUAAUAAAAUUUUUACGGCCAAGAACAGUCUCGAACGACACAUGCUAUUGCAUACUAACGAAAAACCAUAUACCUGUGACCAAUGUGGUAUGAGUUUCCGGCGCUUACUCAAUAUGCGGCACCAUAAGAGUAUGGUUCAUGAAGGAAAAAAUCCACAUGUUUGCACCGAGUGCAAUAUGGAAUUCAAGGGCUAUCAAGCAUUAUAUUGGCACCGACAAAGUGAACACUUGCAACGCCCUAAACGGGAAAUGAAGAAACCGGCAUGUCAGAUCGAAGUUUGCAAACUUUGCCAAUUGCGCUUGGGCAAAGUUAGCGAAUUGGUUGAACACAUCCAGCAGGAACAUAGUGGCGUGGAAUAUCCGCUUAUCAAGUGUGUGGAGUGUCCGAAAACAUUUCUCACUUCCAGUCGGUUGUCCCAACACAAAUCCGUGCACACGGAUAAGUACGCCUGUAAGCUGUGCGGUGCGCGACAUUGCGACAAUCAGCGUUUGCAGUUUCAUAUGGAUUCGAAACAUUCGGACGGUCGCACGUUCGAUUGUCCGACUUGCGGCAAAACUUUCAAAACGGAGCGUCAUCUCGCGACGCACGUCGCUCUGCACACCAAGGAGAAACGGUUCCAGUGCGAGUUUUGCCCCAAAGUCUUUGGACGAAAGUGUCAGCUGAUUAUUCACCGACGAACUCAUACAGGAGAGAAACCGUUUCAGUGCAUUGGCUGCCUGCAGCGUUUCGGCGAUGAUGGAACAUUUUGCAAGCACAAAAAACGAUGUCAAGCGUUUAUUGCGAAGAACGAACAGCAAAUCGUCCGGAUGGAGGGGGAGAAUUGAAAAAAAAUUAAGGUACGUGUCGUGUGUUGGUUCUGGUUCGUAUCGUAAUAUAUAUGCAUCGCUC